AUGCCUAAAGGGAGCAAGAGAGAUCCAGCACUGGGGAAACUGUCCCUUUGUCCCUUGGUGCUGCAGGUUGGUGGCUUUGCCUGGGAGAACUGCGGUGAUGGGAGGAACCCAGUGGUCCUGCAGAGCCUUUCUGUGGCCCCCGACCCCAUCAGCAUCCCGGGGAGCCUGCGCGUCAGCGCGGCCGCCAGCAGCAGCACCACCAUGGCCUCCCCGCUGAAGGUGGUGACGGUGGUGGAGAAGGCGCUGGGUGAACUCUGGAUCCAGCUGCCCUGCAUCGACCAGCUGGGCAGCUGCACCUACGAUGACAUGUGUGCUGUCCUUGACAACCUCAUCCCACCUGGCACCCCCUGCCCGGAGCCCCUGCUGACCUAUGGCAUCCCCUGCCACUGCCCCUUCAAAGCGGGCUCCUACUCCCUGCCAGCCAGUGACUUCCUCCUUCCCGAUGUGGAGCUGCCCUCCUGGAUGACCAACGGCAACUACCGGGUCCGUGUGGAGGUCAGCAACGGCGGGCAGGAGCUCGCCUGUGUCAAGCUGGCCUUCUCCCUGCAGUCCCACUGA